CAUAAAUCACCCUACACAUCCCAUCGUGAUAGCACGCACAGAACACGAAAUAAAUACAACACUACACUUGGCUAAACCACUUCCAAAGAAACAACCCCAAAAUGAUCCGAAUCCAUUCCACAAAACACGAACCCGAUCCAACCCUCGCUCACUCUUUUCUCAUAAGCUUUCUCAUACUCCACACCAUACCAUGGCUACGAUGCACCUUCCGCCUCAAGCAUCUAACAUUAUACCUCCUAAACUCGUUAAAAUCACUCCUCAAAUCCAUCCCACCCAGCCCCAUCCUCCCCACCCCCUCCCCCCCGGACACCGCCCUCCACAAUGGAAUCCCCUACAUCUCCCUCACCAGCGCCUACCACCAUACGCUCCGCCAAUCCUGGACCAACGACCCCACAAAACUCUACCUCGAAAGCUGCUUCGACCCCAACUCCCCUGUCAAUCUCGCCACUGACUACGGUAUCGAGGGGUUGUGCCCUGUGGUCAAGGCUACGGAGGGGGAUAAGUUUAUAUUGAGGGAUAGGGAGGAGAGAUACUAUCUUUGGGAUGGGUGGAGUGGGGAGUUGAGAAGGUUUAGGGAGAGGUGGACGGAGGGGCGCAAGGAUAAGGAGGAGGUGGUGCAGGGGCUUGUGUGCGAGAUGACGUGGGCGGAGGCGGAUACGGACGUUAUUUGUAGGGGGAGCUGAGGGAUGCCUUGCUUAAAGAGCAGGUGUAUGAACGACUUGGGCGGUAAAUUCAGUUUGUCAUAGCGGUGUUUCUUUAAAUGAAAGGGAUAUAUAUUGACCAGGCAAUGUAAACUGUUUAAGUAGUACUC